GGUUGCAACUUUUCCUGUUCACCAUUUUCUUAAUUGCAACUGCCUUCAAACAGUUUUUUAUUGGUAUUCUAAUUCCAGGCGUACCAAGGGUAGUUCGAGUAGUGCACCUACGUACCGACUCUGUAUUGGGUGCAAAUUUUUCGGACCUUGUUUACUCCAUGGGUGUGGUAAUCCAGACCUGGGUUUUGAACAUGUUUCGAAUACACAAAGUGAACUGGAUGGAACAGUUCAUCAUGGCAUAUGGAGGGCUUCGUGGUGCAGUGGCCUUUGCACUAGUACUUGUUAUCUCAGAAGAUGUAAUUCCUUCCAAAAAGAUAAUGGUUACAACCAUUAUAGUUAUGGUGUUUUUCACUGUUUUUGUUCAGGGCAUAACAGUUGGACCACUAGUAAAGUUACUGAAAGUUCCAAGAAGUAAUAAAACAAAACCCUCUAUGAAUGAAAGGUUACAUACAAGGUUGAUAGAUCAUUUAAUGGCAGGAAUUGAAGAUAUUGCAGGCCACAGAAUUGGGAAUUAUCUCCUACGUGAUAAGUUUAGGCACUAUAACAACAGAUUCAUCCGGCCUCUCCUCACACGUGAUCAUCGUGUUAGGGAACCAAAGAUCUUUGAGACGUAUUCCAAGCUAAACUUGGCAGAUGCAAUGAAUCUUGUGAAACAGAACAAUAGCAUGGUAUCUGUAAUAGGCAGUGGUCAGAGUAUUUCUUUAUCAAACUUGAUUAAAACCUACACUCAGACAAACUUGGCAAGAUAUUCAGAUGGGAUUGUUUCAAGUUCACAAACUUCUACAUUUCAAAAUGAGUCAAGUUUUGCAAAUUUGGACAUUGGUGAACUUGAGUACUCUCCAAGCUGCAAGGACCUUGCUGAUGCAGAACUUCACCAUAUUCUAAAUGAUUCUAUGUUUAGUCCACCUCGUAGGGUAAGUCUAAUUUCUCC